AUCUUCUGUUGGGCUCUGCUGUUCUUCACAUUGUCUCCACUGCUGAUGACGACGUUAUUAACGCUGUUACGUUGUUGGCAUGAAGAUGGGUUUCCUCUUCCUCAUCCCCUUCCUGCCAGCUUCCUCUUCCCCUUCCUGCCAGCUUCCUCAUCCCCUUCCUGGCCAGCUUCCUCUUCCUCAUCCCCUUCCUGCCAGCUUCCUCUUCCUCAUCCCCUUCCUGCCAGCUUCCUCAUCCCCUUCCUGGCCAGCUUCCUCUUCCUCAUCCCCUUCCUGCCAGUUUCCUCUUCCCCUUCCCCUUCCUGCCAGCUUCCUCAUCCCCUUCCUGGCCAGCUUCCUCUUCCUCAUCCCCUUCCUGCCAGCUUCCUCUUCCUCAUCCCCUUCCUGCCAGCUUCCUCAUCCCCUUCCUGGCCAGCUUCCUCUUCCUCAUCCCCUUCCUGCCAGCUUCCUCUUCCUCUUCCCCUUCCUGCCAGCUUCCUCUUCCUCAUCCCCUUCCUGCCAGCUUUCUCCUCUUCCUCGCCAUCACGUGACGUCACCUCCCGCAGACGGGAACCAGCCGCUGCUCCUCAGCAUCCCAUAAUAGUCUCGACCGUUUGAUCCGCUUCGUUCGCCGCCGUGACGCUUCUUACCGGGUCGGAACCGGCCUGGUCUCCGGGGGACGCGCCGCUGGCCGACGGGAGGACGAUGGACGCGCUCAACCAGGGACCGGGUGAAGUCCAGGUCUGAGGACUGUGGACCCGGAGAUCCACGGAGCUCCUGGUGGAGGACGCAGCUCGGCGUCCCGGUGGAGUGCCUCUCUUGUUCUCCAGACCAGCCAUGACUCCUCCAGCCUACACGCUGCUGCUGCUGCUGGUGAUGACAUCACUUCCUGUGGCGGCCGUGGAGCCGGAGACGUGUUUCUCCAGGCAGCACCGGAGCGCCAUCGUGAACGUCCGGCAGGCGCUGAACCGGCCGGCGACGGCGAUGGACUCCCGCCAGGUCCAGACGGAGAGGGACUGCGUGCUCGCCUGCUGCUCAGAGGACGUGAAGCCAGGCGCCAAAUGCAACAUAGCCGUGUUCCAGGCCAACCAGCAGGCCGGGGACGAUAACUGCUUCCUGUUCCACUGCCAGGCGGAGCAGGACUGUCCCCUCAUGAAGGCCCAAGACGGGACCAACACCUACGACAUCUACAAGGGUUUGAUUCACCCAACCACAGUGAGACCUUUGACCAUGAUGUUUACCACGGGACAAACCAGCACCACCUCCGCCACAACAACAACACAAAGUACAACAACAACACUACCAACAACCACAGCUCCGACCACGACACCGACCACCACCACGGAGGCUCCUGCCACCACAACAGCACCUCCGCCCAUCCUGAUAAUCGCCACUCUGCCUCCGGUAACUCCAGCACCCUCCAGCUCCUCCACCUCCUCCUCCUCCUCCACUGAGACCACAACAGCAGCUUAUACUACUUCCACUGCAGCCCCCACCAUGAAGAAGACAAACAAAACCAGCAAAAAGCUAAACAAAAUGUCCAAGAAAGUGAAGCUUCAUCCCGUCAGCACCACCACCUCCACCACGACCGCCACCUCCCCCAUCUCCACCCGGCCGACACAGAGGUCCACCACAUCACUUCCUGUGGUCACAGCCACCAGGCAUGCUGCACCAAGAACUACUGACAGACCUACUACUACGUCAGCCACAACUCCAACCACUACUACUCCAACCACUACUACUACUCCCACUGCUACUACUCCUACUACUACUCCAACCACUACUACUACCACUACUACUACUCCCACUACUACUACUCCAACCACUACUACUACUCCUACCACUACUACUACUCCCACUACUACUACUCCAACCACUACUACUACUCCAACCACUACUACUACUCCUACCACUACUACUACUCCCACUACUACUACCACUACUACUACUCCAACCACUACUACUACUCCAACCACUACUCCAACCACUACUACUACCACUACUACUACUCCCACUACUACUACUCCAACCACUACUACUACUCCAACCACUACUCCAACCACUACUACUACCACUACUACUACUCCCACUACUACUACUCCAACCACUACUACUACUCCAACCACUACUACUACUCCCACUACUACUACUCCAACCACUACUACUACCACUACUACUACUACUACCACUACGACUCCAACCACUACUACUACUCCAACCACUACCACCACCACUACCACAACUCCAACGACUCCAACUCCCACCACCACCACCACUACUUCUAGUCCAACCACUACUACUACCACUGCUCCUACGACCACCGCCCCCAAUACUCAUGUUCCCACCCCCACCAUUGAUUUGACCCCCACGAGGGCGACUCUAUCAGCGAGUCCGGUCAUCGUCCCCAAAGGCUCCGACCGGCCCGUCCAGUCCGACCGGUCCGCCCUCCAGAACCCGAGCGACGGCCAGGGGAAGCCGGCGUUGGCGGUGGCGUCGCGCGGGGCGGUGAAGAGCGGCGUGGUGGCGUUCAUGGUGUUGGGGCUCGCCGUGCUCACGCUGGCUCUGGCGGUCGGCGGCCGGAAGGCGAUGGAGUCCUUCGACAGGCGUCACUACACGAGGCUGGAGCUCAACGACCUCCACUACGAGGUGUGAGGGAGCUCGGGGGGGCGGCCGGGAGCGAGACGCGGGACCAAAGUGACGCGAUAACCGAACGUCUGCGUCACUGACGGGCCGCGGAGAAUACUCGCCCCCGAUUGGCUGAAGGGCGGCAUUAUGUUGACACGUGGCGGUGGCAGCAGGUCGUAUUCAUUGCUGCGUCGCAGUGUCACGGGGAUAAUGGAGGCUGUGCGUUAUGAGAUGCACGGCGUGGAGACAACGAAGCCUUCUGAUUGGCUGAAGGAGGCGUCGCCACGGAGAUGGUUUUAGUUCCUCAUGACAGAAUCUGUAUUUAUAUUACCAUGCGGCGCAUUUUUAAAAGCACCUGACGCAGAUGUUUGAUCUGUUUGGUUGUUAAAAAGAAAGAAAAGCAACACAACGUCUUCACAGCGAUGGAAGAUCGUUUAUUUAAAUAAUUGAUUUGUGUCUUUUAACAUUUUUAUCUCACAGCGUUUGGACUUUAUUCUCAUCGUCACUCAAUAUUUGCUCCUCGUUGAAACAUCGAACUCUUUCUGUUGAUCACAAUGUUUAUCUUGGAUAUCAGAUUAUUACCGUUAAUUCACAGAAGGUUUCCGUAGUUCUUAAACAUGAAGGUGUGUUUAGUUUCAUGAUAAAACCGACGAUAAGUUAAUACAAUAUAAGUUCUAAUAAUAAUAAAAACCAAAUGAAUGUUGAUGCAGAGAAGCGAUCUGGUAAGGAAGUUAAACAUCUCGUGUUUCAUGUUGUAAAGAUGAAGGUUUUCAUCUUAUUGAUCAACUGAUCAGAUGAUGUCAUCGUUUGAGAAACGAUUGAACACGAAGAACAAAAAGCAAUAUUAGUCUCCCUGAAUCUCAGGAAGCCUGUGAGGAGGCCGAAGACUCCCCCCCUCCCACCUGCAUGUCUCCUGGACUCACUGUGCUGCUUUUGUAUCCCGUGAACAUUUUAAAUUCACUAUUUUGUGUCCUGAGUGAUUUUUGAUAAAUAUGAAUAUUGAUUGUUUUUCAUGAGCACUAUUUUCCUAAGGAGAGUGUUAGUAUCCGGGUUGACCAGCAGGGGGCAGCAGCAGCCUGCCGACCCGUUUCUCUUCUGAUUAUUAUGAUUAUGACAGUCUGCUUCUGUUUGUGAUGUGAUGCUUUUUGCAUACAUUUGGAAACGUGAUGUUUUGUUCUUGUAAGGAUUAAAAAUGUGAUUUUUGA